AUGUCAAUGAAUCACUGUUCGUCUUGCUCAUGGGGGAGCUCUCGUGGUGCUUCAUCAAGAAGAAUGGUUGGCAGCCAAAUAUGCUAUUGUGGAGAGCUUGCCGUAUUGAGAGUCGCAAAAACUGCUAAGAAUGAGAGCAAGCCUUUUUGGGGCUGCCCUAAUUACAAGCGUAGUCAAAAUGAAGAACUGCGAGGAUGUAAUUUCUUCAAAUGGCAGAGGGAAGAUGAUGUAGAUGAAAGGGAUAUUACAAUUGGAUGGCAAAGGAGAAAGACUAUUAAUUUGGAAAAAUCACUUUUGGUUUGUCAGAAAAGGGAGAAGCUUCUUCGUGUUGUUGUUGACUUCCUUGAGUGGGGUGGGGUGUAG